AGGCGGGCCCCGGUUUCGCGGACCAGACGCCAAGAAUCGGUGUCGGGCUUGCAGUCACGCUGGGGCCUGUAGCGAGAGGAGUCCCACGCGGGCCCGUGUGUCCCCCGCGCCCCACCCUGGGCAGUGGCGGGCUGAGUCUGGGGUUACGCCGGUUCGCGGGGUGGAUGUGCGCCAGCGGUGCCAGGCCGCUGCGGGAAAGGCCAAUAUCCUUCUGGGGCGCAAGAUCCAAGGCGUGGGAGUUAAUUGUCCCGCUCUUCUAUGUCAGGAGCCCGGGAGUUGAUACAGUGCGAACCAUGGCAACCGUUUCCUGCCCCCCCCCCCCUUCGUCUGACGCUCGUUUAUAAAGCCACAGCAAUUCUCGGCGGCCGCCUGAGGCCGGGGACAGAACAGGAGCUUCGUUGCCAGUACCAGGGGUUCCAGUCCAGCUCUCUCCUGCUUCUGUCUGUCCUGUCCACGAUGGCGCUCCUUUCUGUAGCCCCCAUGCAGGGCAACGGGACCCUGGCCCACAGGAAGGUCGAGAGGGGGUUCCCCAGAGACUGCAGCUACAUUCCCAGGGACAGCCCCAGUGGGAUCCAUGUCAUCCAGCCGGCAGGCUCUCCCCCUCGGGUGGUGUGGUGUGACAUGGACACUGAAGGCAAAGGCUGGACCGUUGUCCAGAGAAAUUCUUACAACACAGAGAUCACCUGGAAGGAAUCCUGGAGCACCUACAAGUACGGCUUUGGGAACGUGCAGGAGGAUUACUGGCUGGGCAACGAGUACCUGUCCCUGCUCACGCGGCAGAACACCUACAAGGUCCGCUUUGUCGUGGAGGACAAAUCCAACAACACCCGCUACGCGGAGUACGACAUCUUCAGCGUUGAGGAUGAGCCCAGCGGGUACCCGCUGAGGCUGGGCAGGUACUCUGGGGAUGGCGAGGACUAUCUCACCACCUACCACUCCGGCCUGGGGGGCAUACACGACAACAUGAAGUUCAGCACAACUGACAAGGAUCAGGACCAGGCCAGUGGGAAUUGCGCAAGUAGCUAUGGAGGCUGGUGGUACGACAAGUGUCAGAACAUCCUGCUCAAUGGGAAAGGCUACAUCUACUGGGCAGGGUUCUGUAAGAGCGGGGAGUGCAAGUCUUCCCUCAUCCUGGUUAAGCCAACAGAUGUGUGCUGGGUCUGGCAGAAGGAGCCCAUCCUCCCUGGGAGCCGGCGCCGCUGAGAAGAGGAGACAAUAUUAGAUCAGACACGGAGCUCUAUCUCCCACCUAAUCAGUGCAGGCCCUGCAAUGCCUCCAUUCUGCUCACCCCGUUCCCUGUUGGCUUCUGCAUGGUAAAUCCCCUGUAAUAAACUCUGAGAGCUGACCCUGCCAGGACUUUACAUCUGAAUCUUGCAUGUAUUAGGGGUGCUGAGUUUGGGUUCAAAAACCUGGCCUCUGUCUUUUUAAUAAAUAUGGUUAUUACAU